AUGGAUGCGAUCCUGUCCCGUCUGGAAACACUCGCCCUCAACCCUGAUCUGCAGCCGGUACUCUCGCUAGUAAAAGGCGCGCGCAAUGGUAUCGUCUACGGAUCCAAAGUGCGGUUCCCGCAUGCGCUGGUAAUGAUUCUUCUUUUCCGAUCCGGAACAUUCCGGGAAAAGCUCAAGCUCGUCUUUAAAGCUACGCGCCAGCAUGCGCGGAACCUCUCCACCUUCGCCGUUAUCUACAAGGCCUCCAUGAUCAUUCUCCGGAAUCUCAACCCAAGUGGGUCGAAGGAGGGCCGAUAUGACAGUUUCUUUGCAGGCCUGCUGGGCGGGUAUGCAGUGUUCGGGCGACAGCCGGGGAGUGUCAGCCAGCAGAUUGUCAUCUACGUCUUCGCCCGUGUGAUGCUGUCUCUCGCCAAGCUUGCUGUCCAGCCCGACAUGCACCCUCUCUCUUCGCUCAUCACGCCCGAGGCCCGCACACAGAUCACGGAUAAUGCCUGGCCCGUCUUCGCCAGUCUGAGCUGGGCGUUUGUCAUGUACAUUUUCCGCUGGUACCCGGAGACCCUGGUGUCGAGUCUGCGGAGUAGCAUGGUCUACAUCUACGCCGACUCGGACCACUGGGACUCGUUGCGUACGCUCUUUGUACACAACAAAUGA